AUUCUGGAUAUGUCAGCAAGCAAUCAGCGAUAGGUGGACGGAAUGGAACGAGACCGAGUGUCAAAAACGCGUGCCUGCGCCGAAUGCAAAGCAAAAAAACUGCGAUGUUGCGCCAGCCGAGAAGCACCAGCCACUUGUCACCGGUGUUAUGAGCAUGGGAUCGAGUGUACAGUCCCGGACAAGCGUCCUCGAAAGCGACCGAGUCGUCUGCAUACUCGGAUGGCGACGCUCGAGGACAUGGUGGGUAGCUUGGUGGACAGACUGCCCGGUCCGUCGCCCCAUGCUUCCCCGCGGGAGGUCGGGUCCUUCGCGAGAUCGAGUAACGCCCUCCAUGAUCCGUUGACCAGUGGUCUGCUGAGUAUGCCACAUGCGGAAAUGCUCUGUCGGCAGUAUAGACAGAUGACAGAGAAGCACUUUCCCUGCGUGCUGGUUCCUCGAGGGAUGGGCGUACGGGGGUUGCAGUAUGAGAGGCCGGUGCUGUUUCAGGCCAUAUUAGUCGUGGCUUCGUGGCAAGAUAAACCGCGGCAGGGGUCUCUCGAGUCAUUCUUUCUCGGCGAUCUGAGCGCGAGGUUUUUUGUGAAAGGAGAGCGCAGCUUGGAUCUUCUCCAGGGCUUAUUAGUCUAUUUGGCCUGGUAUCACUUCAACGUGGCUGAAUCCGGGCAAUACCAUGCCUACCGGUUGGCGUCUCUAUGCGUCACCAUGAUCGUGGACCUCGGGAUUAACCAGAAGCCACCACGAGCCACGCACGAGUCGACGGUAAACUGCCAGCUGGGUCUCGAGCACGGGACUAGCGAGAACCCGGAAUAUUGGAGUUAUGAGGCACGACGGACGCUCAUCGGCGUCUACAUACAAUCUUCCUUAUGCUCGAUUAUGUGCCGCAAACCAUCACCUCUCCCGUACUCGUCGUACAUGGAACAAUGCGCACGUUCCCUCCAGGAAGAUAGCGAGGUAGAUUCCGACAAGUCGCUCUUAUAUUUUAUCCAGGUUGUGCGAAUCAUCAACGACGUGUACCAUGUCUUCGUAAUCGGAGACGCGGACCGCGACACACCCAUGGGCGACGGCCAAGUCCAGAUGGCGGUGCGAGCGCUGAAAGACCAGCUGGGCACAUGGAGGGCCAGCCUUCCACAGCAACUGUCUCAUCACAUACAACUCCACACAUGGGGCGAUCUUGCCGGCGCAUAUGCCCACGAGAUAGGUCUCCACGGCCACGUCCGCCACGCUCCCAUCUCCACCACCCGGGUAUCCAUCAUGUUCGACUGCCUGGCACACGUCGAGGCAUUCAUGGACCGAGCGACCCGCAUCUCGCGCGAGGACAUGCAGACCUGGACAGCCUUCGACUGGCGGCAGCUGACCUACACUACCAUGCUGGCGAGCAAGAUCUCCGUGGCUAUCGACGCCGCGACCACCGAUCAGGCCUCCACGGAGCGGAUUGCCCGGCUGCACGGCUCACUGGACGUGGUGUCGACGCGCACACAGGAGCUCCUUGCCAUGACCAACACGCCUCCGGAUCAGGGGCACUACUUCCAGAACCUCCUCCAGCAGUGGAAGGGCAUUCGCAGCUGGUACCAGGCUGUACUGCAGAACCGGAGUGCUCAUCACGAAGCGGGUGGUAUGGUUGCGGACGAUCCGAUCGUGUCGGGCGAUCUGCCGGGGGGACCGGCGGCGUUGCAGUCGUUGGAUUCCUGGCCGGAUGAUAAUUUCGGGAUCUUGCCGAUUUCGGCGGGGGAUUUGAUGAUGUUGGAGUCUUUGGAUUAUCCUCAUUCACGGGUGGAUUCUUAAGUUGUGUCUUCGAUUCACGCCCUUCAAUACACAUGUGCAUUGCUUUGGUCUGAGACACGGCGGACUUGAUUUGCUAGACACUGGGACUAGGUAUUAGUCGUACAAACGUACCCAGGUGAUGAAUAAUUCAGACAACCCACUACAACUCUUGGGGUGCUUCAUACCCUAGAUGAAGGACGCCAAAGGAUCGGUUGAUAGAGUGGUAACGCCGCGAUGAAACUGAGGCUGAUCAU